UAACUGAUAUCAUAUUUAUUAUUUGGUCGUAUUUAACCGAUGUCUGGCAUCACAAAGUUUUUAUUAAUAUGUACGAUAUACUUAAACUACUCUUUUCAUCAAUACUAUUUCUUGCUCAUUUUUUUUAUGCAAUUUAUUCAUGGCUUAUCGAUCAGAACAUUAUUAGACAUUAUUACGACCCUUGGCAUAACCGAUCAAGUGUGGAAGAUAUGAAGCAUAGUUUAGAAAAGGCUCCAAAUCAUUUGGUAAUAUCUGUAUGUCAAGAAGAAGUUUCUUAUGAAGACGUGUCAAAAAUAAUAGCAUGGUCCUUGUUUUUAGAAAUACCUAUUAUCAGUUUCUAUCAUAACAAAAAUGGUAUUAAACCAGAAGAAAUAUAUGUUGUCUUUAAAAAAAAAUAUCAGAAUUUACUUACUAAAUUAAAAUGGGGAAUAGAAUUUAGUGAUGAUGUGAUAAUAAAUUCAAAAAAAUCUAUUAAUGGCUUUAAAUGGGAGCCAAGAACACAAGUAAAUGUGUUAACGUCAAAACAUUCCAGAAUGCAGCUAGUUCAUGUACUACAAAAUGUUUGUAGUUUACAAGAAGAAUUUUCAGAUAAAUUAAUAGAGUCUAUAUUUGAUAAAGUAUUCCCUCUAAGUGAACCAGAUUUGGUAGUUAUUUGUGGUGAUUCAUGUACAACUUUUGGCUUACUACCAUGGCACACUCGAGUGACUGAAUUUUUAACACUGAAAACUCACUACAAUAUAGAUUUUAUGAAAUUUUUCAAAUUGUUGGAAGAAUAUAGUGGACAUGAACAAAGAUAUGGCAAAUGAUUUUGUUUUGUAUUUUUAUGAAUAUGUACAUAAUAACUGCAUAAUAUUUAAUAUUUGAUUUAAAUAUUUUAUAAACAGUAAAUUGUUGUUUAUUUGUUUCUUCGCUAUAAAAAAUAUAAAAAUUCAUUAAGUAUAUUAUUCAGCAAAAUUAUGUUAAUAUUUAAAUCUUAUAAAUAUAAAAUAUUGUAGUUUUGCUAGCAAUAAUGAAAGUCAUUUUAAGAAUAUCAAAUUAUUCCAAGGACACAGAUAUUUUUGGUUCCUAAAAAUUAAUAUUUAAAUAAAUAUUUUCUUUAGUUUCAAGAU